AUGAUUUUAAAUAAUCUUCAAUCAUUUCUUAAAACUCAAGAUUUAUAUUCAUCUUCAUUAGUUAAUCGAAUCUGGUGUAAAGUUACUAUAUCGUUACUUUGGGAAUUACCUUUUGUUCAAGAAUAUCUGGUUGUACAAAUAUUAGCAGAACUUAUUAGUGUUCAAAAACUUUUAGAAAAUCUAUCAAUUGUUGAUAAAAGUAGUCGAGAUCCUCCCGAUUAUGAUUCAAUAUUUUGGGCUAUCAUUGUUAAAAAAGAAACAUUAAAGAUUCGUCGUUUAGAAUCAUUAAAUUUUUAUCAUUUCAAGUAUUUUAAGUGGAAAUCACCGUCAAUCGGACAAUUUAUUUCACUUCAAAAACUUUAUAUAGAAGAUUGUUCUGAAUUGCAUAGAUCGGAUUGUUUAUUUUUGGCUUCAUCAUUUACUCACUUAAAAUUUAUUGUAAAGAUUCUUGAAACGGCAAAUAUAAAUUUAAGAAAUAUUCGUCUACAAAUACAUCCCACAAGUUCAUUUGUUAUAUUUUCGGUAAUUUUAAGUUAUUGUAUAAAGAUUACCAACUCAACUUUACUAAAUUUAAGUUCUGAACAAGUAAUAGCAAUAUUUAAUAAUAAUUUUAAUAAAUUAAGGAUAUUUUCAUUUGGUUGUGGAAAAGGAUUGGAAGCUAAUAGAUUAUUAUACCAAAUGGCCGAAAAUGUACCAGAAUCGCUUAAAAUUAUAUGGGAACAUUUAGUUAUGAUAAUUUAA